AUAUGUCACGUGGCACGAAGGCGGAAGUUGUCACAUAAACAGAAGCCUCUCUCGUUUUUAUGUUUUUUCCUUCUAUUUUGAUUAAUAUUGCUGCACGUUCAGAAUGUCCUCUGGACACGUUAAAGAUUUAGGCUUUCUUGGAGGAAGGGCACCUCCGGAAAUCGAGUCAAUGUCAAGAAGUCUAAAGGAUGUGGAUCAAGAUUUGUUUAGAAAGCUACUGAAAGCUGUGGUCAGCGCCCUGGAGGGCAAGGACUGCAGAGAGGCCAUGAGGUCGAUAGCAGAGACUACGGUCAUCCCACAAGAGAGGCUCAGCCACAUCAUAGCAGGGAUGCACAGAGUGCUCUCCGAAGCCACUCGCAUCCCUGCAGCAUUACUCAAACAGGAGGCCUUCAAAGAAGAUCUAAGAGAGCUGAGGAUACCUGAAGACUUCAUCACAGAUUUCUGCAGUGUGGUUUUUGGGAGCCGUCGAGCAGCUCUGGAGGCAGCUUCUCUGCAGAAGGAUCCUCAUCUUCCCACAGUGGACGAGUUUAAAUGGAGAGUGGAUGUCGCCAUUUCUACAAGCUCUUUAGCCCGAGCCCUGCAGCCUUCAGUUCUAAUGCAGAUGAAACUGUCUGACGGGAAGUUUCACCGCUUUGAGGUGCCGGUAACUAAAUUCCAUGAGCUCCGUUACAACGUGGCUCUAAUCCUGAAAGAGAUGAAUGAUCUGGAGAAGAGGAGCAUUUUGAAGAUCCAAGAUUGAUGAACCUUCAAGACCUAAUCUGUGAGACUCUCCCUGAUCUGUUGGGAAUUCGGGUCAUUAUAUAGAAAUUCGUCGUUGUACGUGCCCCUCAUCCUCCUCUGAUGAUGCAGAUUCUUCUAUGAACUUGAUUCAUUCCAAAAGUGUUUUUGUGUUCCUGUCUUUGUAUUAAACUCCUAAUCCAAUUA